UUAUUCUGUAAAGAUAAAGACUUGUUAAUGUUUAAUAUUAAUUUAAUAACUUUGAACAAACUGUUGCCAGUAAAUAACAUUUAUUAGCUAGUUAAUUACAGCUAGUAAUACUGUAAUUUCUACAGAUUUUUUUACAGUGUGUAGUAAAACCAUAUUUCAUUUUGGUAAGGACUAAGUUAUGCUAUUCAACAUUAUUGUUACCAUGGUAAGUUUAUUUCUACAGCUAAAAUUGUAAUGGUUUCUCGUCCGGUGUCCUGACCCCUUUCCUCGCUGUCUAUAAAUAGCAGGAUCGAGUGUUUACACCGACUGUGUUUUACACCCCAUACACUGGAAUUUACAAAUAAUACAUGUGAAAAGACAGUUUGACGCUUCUGUGUGAGAUAUGAACGGUCCGCGAGCAGGUCUCGGUUUACCGGAGGAGGAUAACGAGCAGUCUCUGUCACGAAGAGAGGCAGCAAACAGACUGAAAGCGAGAUUUCUGGAAGCGCUCAAGUGCAACAAUGCAGCCGAGGUUGCGCGAAUCCUUCGCACCACCAGCAUUGAUAUAGACGCCGUGUUUGACGUGGAGGACCGCAAUAUGAUCCUUGCCUCUUAUAAGCAAGGAUACUGGCUUCCGAGCUAUAAAUUAGAGUGUUCCUGGGCAAUGGGGCUUCAUGUGUGUAUGAUGUACAAUGCAUUGGAGAGUGCCUUAGUUCUUCUGCAGAAUGGAGCAGCAGUCAACAGGAAACCAAAUGGGAAGACCCCUCUACAUGUGGCAUGUACAGUGUCUAAUGCUGACUGUGUGGGACUACUCCUGGAAUGGGGGGCGCGGAUCAACAGUAUGUCCCUGAGUGGACACACCCCUUUACACUACUGUGUUACAGAAGAGUCUUUGGACUGCGCCAAACAGCUUAUUCUCAAAGGAGCAAACAUCAACAUGCCCAGCGAGGAGAACCAAGACGCCCCUCUGCACACAGCGGCCCGCUUCGGUAUACCUGAGCUGGUGGCUUUCUACACUGCCAAUGGAGCUGACGUCAAUGCAGUCAAUGUCCACAUGGAGACCCCUCUGAUUACCGCAGCGUUCUGGGCCAUGGACAUUCGCGAACGGACCUACAGUGCAGACCACCAUCUUGUUUGCAGGAUCCUGCUGGACCACAAAGCUAACCCGCACGUUUAUGAAGAAGACAGGAAGACCGCACUGCACAAAGCUUGCUGGAACUGUGACCAUGUUCUUAUACAGAUGUUGCUAGAGGCUGGUGCCAAACCUCAAGUUAUGGAUAUCAAUGGAUGUGCAGCUAUACAGUAUCUGCUGAAGGUAUCCCAGAUUAGGCCGUGGGCCAUUCCUGAACGCUGCUUUCAGCUGCUUCUGAACUACGGAGCACCUAGAGUGUAUCCACCACAAUUUCAUAAGGUGUUGCAGGCGUGCCAUGAUUACCCCAGGGCCGUGGAGGUGAUGGUAAAUUCCUAUGAACACGUAAAGUACACAAAAAAAUGGAGAGCGGCUAUUCCUGAAAAUGUAUAUGAGGUCAGAACCAGGCAUUUUUUACGACACAAGGAUUUCUAUGACUCUGUGUUUGCUGUAUGUACCAACAGUCCACGCACCCUGCAGCAUCUAGCCAGAUGUGCUAUACGUGCAGCAAUGUCCAAUCGAUGUGAACAGGGUGUCCAGCAACUCACUCUUCCUCCAUCAAUGAAAAAAUAUCUACUUCUGGAGCCUGUAGGAAUCAUAUACUGAUAUCUGCAUAAUAGACUAUGUAUGUCUGCUGCAUAGGGGCGGUUUCCCGGACAGGGACUAGACUAGUCCUAGACUAAAAUAAAUGCAAGAGCUGUACAAACUAAAAACCUUAAAAUAAAUCAGUGCCCUUUGUUUUUCCUCAAAAUGCACACAAGGAAGGUUUUAAGGAAGGCAUGAUUGUUAAAACUAGUUACAUUUCAUAAUUAAACUAAGGCCUAGUCCUGGCUUAAGUUAAUCCCUGUCUGGGAAACCACCCCAUAAUGUUAAAUGAUUCCAGAUUUGUGCAGCUUUAAUUUUAUACAUAAUGUUCAAAAUAUGUUGUUUUAUGUAAUUUACAUGUAAAGAAGAUUAUCUAGUAAAAGAUUUAUAAAAAUA